UGGAUGAUGUACAGAACAUGGAAGGGGAGUUUGAACCAACUACCCUUCAUAUGUUCAUUGACUGCUACCAUGAAACCUUUCUACCAACAUUUUUACACUCCCAGACUGCUUUUCAAACUAUUGAGGACACAAUAACUGAGUUGGCUGCUGUUUCUACCUCUCUCAAAUGUCUGUUUUUGCAAGUUGCAAUUAUGCAGGCUGCUGAGUUGGUGGUUGAAAUCAUGGACCCUCCGCCAUCGUCUUACGAGGGUUCUUCAACGGCAGCGCCUCUUACUUUUGUUCCGAACGCGCUGCCCCAGUUUCCACCAAACUCUUCAGUUCUUAAUGCAACACAAUCAAACAGCGCGGUUGGUGCAAGGACUGGGAAAAGUGAAAGACCAAGUUCACAAAACUGGAAGGAUGAGAUUGCACCCCGUUUUAAGGUUUCUUCCGAAACAGGAAAACGUGGAUCAACCAGCACAUCACAAAGAACACAAAGGACGACGAACAAUGUGGUGAUAAGAGAUUCAAGCGUUGUACUUCCAAACCCCCAUCUUAGAUUAUUCGAAACCACCACCAGAGAACUAAUGUGGGUGUAAAGAAGCGUCAAGGGACAGGGAAUUCUCAAAGGACGAUAUCAAUUUGUAUACUCAAAUUGCUUUUCACAAUUCUGAUUACUAGAAAUUGCCACUCAAUAUUAAGUUAAACAUUCAUGUAUUCAUAUAAACAAUCUUAUUUGUAUACUCAAAUUGCUUUUCACAA